UGUCUUUGCCCUGCCCAUGUUUUGUAUGUCUGUGUCCAUCCAUCUCCUGACGUUCAAGUUCGUAGGGACGUCACGUCCGCACUUGAACUUGCAGCUCAGGGGGGCUUUUGCCAUUUUUUCAUCUCUCUCUCUCUCUUUUCAAAAAAGCCAUGACGGCUAUCCCACAAUCCAUCUUCCCUGCGCCAUCUUUGUAUUAUUUCUAAUUUAUUUUGGAUGUCAAAGGCAUUGAUGAAGAUAUUUUCUCUGGAGUCUCCUUUCUAACCCGGCUCUCCCGAUGUGAACCGAGCUCAAAGCCACCACCAACCACCAUGUCUCGCCGCAAGCAAGGCAAACCCCAGCACUUAAGCAAACGGGAUUUUUCGCCCGAACCUCUGCAAGCCAUUCUUACAGAUGAUGAGCCAGAACAGGGGAGACUGAGAGCUCCAGAAGGGGACCACGACCUUCUAACUUGUGGCCAGUGUCAGAUGAACUUCCCUUUGGGGGAUAUUCUUAUUUUUAUUGAGCACAAAAGGAAGCAAUGCAAUGGCAGUCUCUGCAUGGACAAAGCUGUGGAUAAGCCACCUUCACCCUCACAAAGUGAGCUGAAAAAAGCAUCCAAUCCUGUAGAGGUUGGCAUCCAGGUCACGCCAGAGGAUGAUGAUUGCUUGUCAACAUCCUUAAGAGGAAUUUGCCCAAAACAGGAAAACAUAGCAGGCAAAGAUGAGCCCAGCAGUUAUACUUGCACAACCUGUAAACAUCCAUUCACUAGUGCGUGGUUCCUCCUCCAGCAUGCACAAAACACCCAUGGGUUCAGGAUUUACCUGGAGAGUGAGCAUGGCAGCCCCCUCACCCCCCGCGUGGGCAUCCCUUCAGGACUGGGUGCCGAGUGCACCUCCCAGCCCCCUCUCCACGGGAUCCACCUCGCCGACAACAGUCCUUUUAAUCUGCUGCGGAUACCCAGCUCUGUUUCUUCACGAGAAGCACCUAACAUGCGGGAGGGCCGCUUCCCACCCACACCCCCGCUCUUCAGUCCCCCUCCCCGGCACCACCUGGACCCUCACCGCAUGGAGCAGCACCUGAGUGCUGAGGACAUAGCGACACAUCACCCGAGUGCCUUUGAUAGGGUGCUAAGGCUCAACUCCAUGGCAAUUGAUCCACCAGCCAUGGAUUUUUCCCGGAGGUUGCGGGAGCUGGCUGGAAACACCACAGGGUCCACGCCGCCCCUGUCGCCCAGCCGGCCCAGCCCUAUGCAAAGGCUGUUACAACCACCAUUCCAGUCCGGUGGAAAGUCCCCCUUUUUGGCCACUCCGCCACUCCCAACCUUGCAGUCGCCAGCAGGUACCCCAUCAACUCCCGGCCAGCAACAACAGCAGAUGUCCUUAAAGGCCAAGUCGUGUGAGUUCUGUGGCAAAACUUUUAAGUUCCAGAGCAAUCUUAUUGUUCACCGACGGAGUCACACAGGGGAAAAACCUUACAAGUGCCACUUGUGUGAUCACGCCUGCACCCAGGCCAGUAAGCUAAAGCGCCACAUGAAGACCCACAUGCACAAGUCCUCGCCCAUGACGGUCAAGUCUGACGAUGGCCUGUCCACAGCCAGUUCUCCUGAGCCAGGUACUAGCGAUCUGGUGGGCAACGCCAGCAGUGCCCUCAAGUUGGUGGUUGCCAAGUUCAAGAGUGAGAAUGACCACGGCUGUAUGAUCCCUGAGAACGGGGAGGAGGAGGAGGAGGAAGAGGAGGAGGAGGAGGAGGAGGAGGAGGAAGAAGAGGAAGAAGAGGAGGAGCUGAUGGAGAACGAGGGGGGAGGGAACAACUACCACUUCAGCCUCAGCAUGGAAGCAUCCCACCACCACGAGAACAGCAGGGGGGAGGAAGGGAUCCCGCGCUCACUGCCAGAGGUCAUGCAGGGCAUGGGCAUGGCAGCGAGCAUGCAGCACUACAGCGAUGCCUUCCAGCAACACAAGCGCAGGCUGCUGUCUUCGGAGAUCGACGCCCACAGAGACAUGUGUGAUGAGGACUCUGUGGUCGGGGAGUCAGACCGGAUGGACAAUGGCUCUGCCAUCAAUGGCAGGGGCUCUUCUCCAAGUGAGUCGGCCUCAGUGGGCCUGUCCAAGAAGCUGCUGCUGGGUAGCCCCAGCUCCCUGAGCCCUUUUUCUAAACGCAUUAAAACGGAGAAGGACUUUGACCUGCCGAACACAGCCAUCCCCAACACAGAGAACGUUUAUUCCCAGUGGUUGGCUGGCUACGCUGCCUCCAGGCAGCUGAAAGACCCCUUUCUGAACUUCGGAGACCCCAGACAAUCGCCUUUUGCCUCUUCCUCGGAGCACUCCUCCGAGAAUGGCAGUUUACGCUUUUCUACUCCUCCUGGCGAGAUGGACGGAGGGGUCUCGGGUCGAAGUGGUACUGGGAGUGGGGGAAGCACGCCACACAUCGGUGGCCCCGGAAGGCCCAGCUCUAAGGAGGGCCGCCGCAGCGACACAUGCGAGUACUGUGGCAAAGUUUUCAAAAACUGCAGUAACCUUACAGUUCACCGCAGGAGCCAUACAGGGGAGAGGCCGUACAAAUGUGACCUCUGUAAUUACGCCUGCGCCCAGAGUAGCAAACUUACCCGGCACAUGAAAACUCAUGGCCAAGUGGGAAAGGACGUUUACAAAUGUGAAAUCUGUCAUAUGCCUUUUAGUGUGUACAGUACCCUGGAGAAACACAUGAAAAAGUGGCACAGCGAUCGCGCCUUGAAUAAUGAUAUAAAAACUGAAUAGAGAUGUAACAAUUACCCCAACCACCCCAUUGUGUUCCCUGUAGAUUUCCCUUUUUGGUAGUCCCUUGUGAUUGCAACAAUGGAAGUUAAGGAUGUAAGAAAACGUGCUUGUCACCAGCACACCUCGUUUAAUUUACCGUUGAAUGCAUGAUCUGUAUCAGGGCAAUACUAUUGCAUUUACGCAAACUUCAAGCCUUUCUCUUGUGCAAUAAUUUACAUGUUGUGUAUUCUUUUUUUAUUAGACAGCAUGUAUGGUAUGUUUUGGCUAAUUAAAAAAAAAAACAUUUCCCUGGUUGGUUAGUUGUUGAGUAAAUGUGUUGCUGUUUCCUUGUUAUUUUUUACUAAAAAAAAAAAAAUAAAUAAAAAAAAAAUACCAUGCUGCAUACAUUCUGUAAUACAUAUCAUGUACAGUUUUGUUUUGUAACAUGGAGGAAUACAGCCUUUUGCUUAACCCUCUCUGGACAGGCUAGGAAUCGCACUUAACAUGUCUUUGUAAAAGAUAUUCUGUCCAAAAGGGGUUAAAAAUAUGAAUUGGGUUAUUUAAGGAAAAAAGCAAAGUGACAGCCUUGAAUUUAUAAAAAAAAAAUGAAAGAAAGUUAAAAUUAAAUUUGUACUAUCAUUUGGUUAAAAAAAUAAUCUGAGUGCCUUGGAUUUAUUGAAACUGCAUUGGUUAAUCUUCCUAUUUGUUAUAAGCGUGGAGUCUCAGCUAGAUACUGGAAGUGGGUCUUUUACGAUUCUAAUUAAGGUUCUUGCAUCAAGCACCUGUCUGCUGUGGUCAACUGUGACUACAAAAGAGAAUGAAUUAAUGACGUAAAUAAAAAUUUAUAGUUAAUCAUCAUUUAGCUACCUAUCAUAUUUCUAUUAUGAAUAUGUUUACUAGCAUUAUAAAUGCUAAACGGUGUGGGUUUUUUUUUUUGUACUUUUUGUACCAUAGGAUUUGGUACUGUAAUUUACACAAUUGAUAUUUCCCAAUUAAGCUUGUGUGUGUGUGUGUGUGUGUGUGUGUAUAUAUAUAUAUAUAUAUAUAUAUAUAUAUAUAUAUAUAUAUAUAUAUAUAUAUAUAUAUAGCAGUAUUACUUAAACAGGGCAUUUUAAUUUUUAUUAGAAUUUAACAAAACUGAAUUACAGAUACUGAAGGGGAGGUUGGGACACCAGACCUUUUUUUUGUGAAAGAAGCAUUUAAAGUUCACUUGCCAGCCCUUGUAGUGAUGAUUAACUAUGAAUUGCCUAUAUACGCAUUGAAAUCCUAAAAAUAAUUUCAUUCACAAGAGCUGCAGUAUAUAUAUGCCUGUGCUCCCUAUUUUUUUUUUUUUUUUUACAUUUUUCAUACACUGUGUGCUAUUUGUGUUGACAUUUUUCUUAUUAUUAUUAUUAAGCUAGCAUCCACCCCAGUUGGUAUUCAAAUAGCACUUGACACUCUGCCUGUGAUGACUGUAUCUUUUUCUUCAAUCAGAGGUACAGGGCUUGAGUAUAAAAUAAGACUGCUCAUAUAUAGGACAAUUAAGUGCACUGUACAAUUUUCCCAGUUUACAGGUAUACACUUAAGGGAAAACUUGCUAUAAUGUUAACAAAUGAAUCUGAUCUCAUUGUUAAGCAUCAGAGAGAGAGAGAGACAACGUUGCCAGCCAUUUCCUAGCCUAGUAAGCCUAACUACUUGGCACAAUGUAGCAGUGCUGUGAAUGGGGGGAAAAAACUACCCUUCUGUAAAUUAAUGAUCGUACUUGCUACUUAUGGUGCAAGGAUUUUUUUUUUAAAUAUAAAUAUUAGAGUUUUUUAAAAGAACACUUCAUUAUCUGUAGGGGAACUGUAUGUAAUUACUUUAUUGUCUUGGUGGUGUUCAAGACUUGAUCACAAUUAAAAAAAAACAGCAACAAAAUACAAAAAACAACGGCAGUGGAUAUUCUUCGCCUUUGGCUAUUUAUGGCUCUUUAGGUUAAAUAAAACUUGGAUUGGAUUUUAUAUAUAUAUAUAUAUAUAUAUAUAUAUAUAUAUAUACACACACAUACACACACAUACACACACAAACUUAAACAUAGGAAAAUGCACACUCAUGUUGAUUCCUAUGCUAAAACACAUUUAUGGUCUCUACUUUAUUCUCUAUUUCUAGAAUGGUAUUUGAAUUAAAUGUUCACCUAGUGUAGGCACUAUAGUAUUUAUAUUGAGGCUUGUAUUUUUAACUGUUGCUUGUUCUCAUAAAAGGUAUCAAUGUACCUUUUUUGGUAGUGGAAAAACACAGGCUGCCACAGGUAUAUUUUUUUAAUUUGGCAGGAUAAUAUAGUGCAAAUUAUUUGUAUGUUUCAAAAAAUAAAAACCAGUGUGGCAUUGUAUAGACAAGGAGCCAUCUAAUGGUCUCUUAAAGGAGUACUCUCAGAAUGUCGCACCAAUAGCUGAAACAGGUGGUUGUACAUAUCUUUAUUUCUUUUCUCUCCUGCUGCCAUAGUGUAUGCAGUACUGCAAGCUAAUGUUGGUUUGUUCUGUAGUGUGCUUUUUGUCCCUUAACUUCUCUCACCCUACUACAUUCCAGCAUCUUAUGAAAGAAAACAAAAUUCAUAUGCAGUAAAAAAAAAAAAAAAAAAAAAAAAAAAAAAGUUUUUGCGGUUUUUUUGUUGUUGUUGUUGUUUUUUUUUCAUUGCCAAAAAUUAAAUGGUGCUUUAUAUUUAGAUUGGGAAAGAAUUUCAUAUGCAAAGCAUAUUUCAAAAAUAAAAAAAGGAAAAGACCGGUUGAGUUAAUACUUUUUUGUAAAUGGCAAUGCAGAAUAUUUUGUUAUCAGCCUUUUCUAUUCCUGUUAUGAAAGCUGUUUGUUGUAACUUGAACUUGAACUUUAUCUUUUACUAUGGGAGUCGCUAUUUAUUAUUACUUAUGUGCUCUGUUCAAAACGGACGUACUGAAAUGGAUUUUUUUUUUUGGUUAUUUUUGUUUUUGUUUUUUUUAUUUUAAAGAUGACCAAAGGUCAUGACAACCUGGCUCUUUUUGUUGUAUUUGUUUCUGGUCUAUGUUGAGUUCUAUUGGAGAAACCACUGUCUGUGUUUUUUGGCAGUUGUCUGCAUUAUCCUGUUCACACACCCAUUUUGUCCCUUUAUUGAAAAAAUUAAUAAAAAAAUUAAAGUAUA